UUACUAUGCUCCUCUGUAUAAACCACUUGCUAAGUUAUAUUACAACAAUAACAAACACAACAAUCAUAUAUACAUCCUCUCAAAAAAAAAAAAAAAAAAAAAUCAUACAUACAUGUUUACAAUGAGUUCUUUAUCUUGUGCUAGCAUUCUCUUAUUGAGUCUAAUAAUGUUGUACUCAUGCUUUGCAACAGAGGUUACUUAUGAUUCAAAUGCUCUCAUUAUCAAUGGAGAAAGACGUCUAAUAUUUUCAGGUGCAAUUCAUUAUCCAAGAAGCACUGUGGAGAUGUGGCCUGACCUUAUUCAAAAGGCCAAAGAUGGUGGCCUAGAUGCCAUUGAAACUUACAUAUUUUGGGAUCGUCAUGAACCCGUUAGGCGCGAAUAUAAUUUCUCCGGAAAUUUGGAUUUUGUCAAAUUUUUCCAGCUUAUCCAAAAAGCUGGACUAUAUGCCAUCAUGAGGAUAGGUCCUUAUGCAUGUGCUGAGUGGAACUUUGGAGGGUUCCCAUCGUGGCUUCAUAAUAUGCCGGGGAUCGAGUUGAGAACCAAUAAUUCGGUUUACAAAAAUGAAAUGCAAAAUUUUACCACAGAGAUUGUGAAUGUGGUAAAAGAAGCAAAGUUGUUUGCAUCACAAGGUGGACCUAUUAUUCUAGCUCAAAUUGAGAAUGAAUAUGGGGACAUCAUGUGGAAUUACAAAGAUGCUGGGAAGGCAUAUGUUCAAUGGGCUGCUCAGAUGGCUCUAGCACAAAACAUUGGUGUUCCAUGGAUCAUGUGUCAACAACAAGAUGCUCCUCAACCUAUCAUCAAUACUUGCAAUGGAUAUUAUUGUCACAAUUUUCAACCUAACAAUCCAAAAAGUCCUAAAAUUUUCACUGAAAAUUGGAUUGGUUGGUUCCAAAAAUGGGGUGAAAGGGUUCCACAUAGAAGUGCUGAAGAUUCAGCUUUCUCUGUGGCACGUUUUUUCCAAAAUGGUGGUGUAUUAAACAAUUACUACAUGUACCAUGGAGGAACAAACUUUGGUCGCACCGCAGGUGGGCCGUAUAUAACAACAUCAUAUGACUAUGAUGCACCAAUUGAUGAGUAUGGGAAUUUGAAUCAACCUAAAUGGGGACAUCUGAAGAAUCUUCAUGCAGCAAUCAAAUUAGGUGAAAAUGUACUUACAAAUUAUAGUGCAAGGAAAGACGAGGAUCUCGGCAAUGGACUCACACUAACAACAUACACUAAUUCCAGUGGAGCAAGAUUUUGUUUCUUGAGCAAUAACAACAAUACUGACCUUGGUGCAAGGGUUGAUUUGAAAAAUGAUGGUGUUUACAUUGUUCCGGCUUGGUCUGUUUCAAUUAUUAACGGUUGCAACCAAGAAGUUUUCAAUACUGCAAAGGUUAAUAGUCAAACAUCAAUGAUGGUGAAAAAGAGUGAUAAUGUUAGUUCUACUAAUCUCACUUGGGAAUGGAAAGUAGAGCCAAAGAGAGACACCAUACAUGGAAAUGGAAGUCUCAAAGCACAGAAGCUUCUGGAGCAGAAGGAGCUAACCUUAGAUGCUAGUGACUAUUUAUGGUACAUGACUAGUGCUGAUAUCAAUGACACUUCAAUUUGGAGCAAUGCAACUCUCCGUGUGAACACUUCGGGCCAUUCACUUCAUGGUUAUGUUAAUCAGAGGUAUGUAGGAUACCAAUUUAGCCAAUAUGGAAAUCAAUUCACUUACGAAAAACAAGUUUCUUUAAAGAAUGGAACAAACAUUAUAACUUUGCUAAGUGCCACUGUUGGGCUUGCAAACUAUGGUGCAUGGUUUGAUGAUAAAAAAACCGGCAUAUCAGGUGGUCCUGUUGAAUUGAUUGGAAAGAAUAAUGUGACUAUGGAUUUGUCAACAAAUCUUUGGUCUUAUAAGAUUGGUUUGAAUGGUGAGAGAAGACAUCUAUAUGAUGCUCAACAAAAUGUUAGUGUAGCAUGGCACACUAAUUCAUCUUAUAUUCCUAUUGGAAAGCCACUUAUUUGGUAUAGGGCAAAGUUUAAAUCUCCUUUUGGAACAAACCCUAUUGUGGUGGACUUGCAAGGCUUAGGUAAAGGACAUGCUUGGGUGAACGGCCAUAGCAUUGGUCGUUAUUGGUCUUCUUGGAUUUCACCUUCUGAUGGAUGUAGUGACACGUGCGAUUAUAGAGGAAACUAUGUACCGGUAAAAUGCAACACCAAUUGCGGAAGUCCAUCACAAAGGUGGUACCAUGUGCCAAGGUCAUUCUUGAAUCAUGACAUGAACACAUUGGUUUUAUUUGAAGAAAUUGGUGGAAAUCCUCAAAGUGUUCAAUUCCAAACUGUGACAACAGGAACUAUUUGUGCUAAUGUAUAUGAAGGUGCACAGUUUGAACUAUCAUGUCAAAGUGGACAAGUAAUGUCACAAAUUCAAUUCGCUAGCUAUGGAAAUCCAGAAGGUCAGUGUGGUUCUUUUAAGAAAGGAAAUUUUGAUGCUGCAAAUAGUCAAUCUGUCGUGGAAGCUUCUUGUGUAGGAAAAAAUAAUUGCGGAUUUAAUGUGACAAAAGAAAUGUUUGGUGUAACGAAUGUCUCAAGUAUACCCAGAUUAGCAGUACAAGUGACAUGUUAAGUUUAGGUUUCCUCCAAAUCAAUGUAAAAAUUCAAUGUUCAGGUCUAUGUUUUCCUUGUUGAGCUUAAAUAAAUUGUGCUUAAAUUCAA